AUGGACGAGUACCACCUCUGGUCACCAUGGAAUACACUAGACACUAGUUUACAAUGGAUAAGACGUGCAACCCCCAAACCCUCAACUAAAUAUUCUAUUAAACUACGCAACAACUUAUUUCCUAGGUUGAGUAUGGAUAGACAAUUCACAUUACAGGACCAGGCCCUAGUUUUAAACAAGCCAUGGUUCUUUUCAAGGUUACCAUACCCUAACAUAAAAAGUAUAAGGAACAAAACGCACAUUAUAAAACCUCAGCCAAUUCUGCUCAGAGGACUGGAUGUUGUUUUUGGUAACCUGGUUACAGUUCGGCCACCUAAACAGAGAGGCUUCUUACAUGUGUCUGAGAAUUCAGCUUUCUCCAAAGUUAUCAGUCAUGACCAUGCAUUAUCUUCAGAGGUGAAAGAACCACAGAUUGUAACGACUAUUCGCCUUUGCAGGCAGUUAAUUCACUCUUGCAUGCUUCUCUGUUCCAUCUAUAAGAAAUGUGCCUUGGUGCUGCAGCACUCAAAAUAAAAUCUGGAAUUUUACAA